UGAUCUUGAAGUCUUUGAGGUUGGUGGUGAGGGCUGUGACUCUCUCCCACUGAAUGUUGUUGCUUGGGUUGCAGGGAUGUGGUCUGAUAGAGCUGAUUUAGAGUCAUCUUUGGAGACUGAGCUUUGAUUUUCUUUUAUUCGGGUUUUGAGGGGCCUAGAUGUUUCUCCUAUGUAAGUUUGUCCACAAUUGCACAGAAUGUGGUACACUGCUCCUGAUGGUUAUAGCUUGUGACUGGAUGGUGGUUUCCCUGGGGCUUUAUUUGUGUUCUGAAUGGUAUGACUUCUCUUGAAAACUACAUCAAUGUUGGCCUGUUUCUUGAAGAGUCUCUGGUUUUUAUGGCUAACUGUUCCAAAGUAGGGGAGGCUGAUAACAAAGGGUGCAGGCUGUUAACGUGGGGAUUUCUGAGAUUUCUUGGUGAUGUUCUGUAUCGUCUGUUAUACUAGUUGCUCAGGAUGGAGGUUAUACUGUGUAAAUACUUGUUUGAGGUAGCUUAGUUCAGUAGUUAGAUGUUGCUUCAUGGAACAGAUGUUGGGAGCUCGUCCUGCUAGGGUCAACAGUCUGAACCCUUUAAUAUCAGCUUCCCCUACUUUGGAACAGUUAGCACUUCAUGACUGGCACUCCGAGUAGGUGGGUACAGCACUUCAUGACUGGCACUCACAGCAGGUGGGUACAGCAUCUUAUGACUGGCACUGACAGUAGGUGGGUACAGCAUCUCAUGACUGGCACUCACAGCAGGUGCGUAUAGCAUCUCAUGACAGUCGCUUACAGCAGGUGUGAAAAGCAUAUCAUGACUUGCACUGACAGCAGGUGGGUACAGCACUUCAUGACUGGCACUCACUGCAGGUGGGUAUUGCAUCUCAUGACUGGCACUCACAGCAGGUGGGCACAACACUUCAUGACUGGCACUCACAGCAGGUGGGUACAACAUCUCAUGGCUGUCGCUCACAACAGGUGGGUAUAGCAUUUCAUGACUGUCGCUCAUAACAGGUGGUUACAGCAUCGCAUGACUGGCACUCAAAGCAGGUGAUUGUUCAAUGGCAAUUUGUGGAGGAGUAACCCUACUUCUUCACCCAUCAUAUUUCAUCAAGCUUUGCAAGGCUCGGAUGUUGUCUCCCACUGGGCAGUGCCACGCCUUCUCAGCAAAUGCCGAUGGUUACACGAGAGGAGAGGGAUGUGGAAUCGUCAUCGUGAAACUCUUAAGUCAAGCUUUGCAUGAUGGUGACAACAUAUGGGGAACUAUUGUUACGGGAUUGAAUCAAGAUGGUCGCCAGGUUACGCCCAUCACAGCACCCUCAGGGAAACAACAGCAGGAACUGCUCAAUGACAUCUACACACGACACGGGAUCGACCCGACUGAAGUAGACUACAUUGAAGCUCAUGGCACAGGGACAAGACGGGGAGACCCUGUAGAAGCUACAGCUCUGGGGACCUUCUUUGAGAAGUUUCCUCGGCAACGUCACAUUGGUUCUGUGAAGACCAACAUCGGCCAUCUAGAGGCAGCAGCCGGAGUGGCUGGACUCAUCAAGGUCCUGCUGAUGAUGAAACACAACACCAUCGUGCGAUCCCUACACUUUGACAAGCCCAAUAAAGAUAUUGACUUUGACAGGUAUCAGUUUGUGGUGCCUGUUGAAAAUGUUGACUGGAAACGGGAGAAGAAAAUUGCAUGUAUCAAUUCCUUUGGGUUUGGUGGUAGCAACAGUCAUGCUGUUCUGAGAUCAUAUUCUGUGGAACGUUUAGGCCAAUGUAACGAAACAGAUGAAAUUGUACCAGUUUGCUUUUCAGGCUUUGAUUAUGAUACAUUACACAAAUCAAUUUCACAGUUCUUCAAACAUCAUGGGGAGUUACAAUUCAAAGCCAUGGCAUACACGUCAUGUGUGUGUAGGGAACACUUGGAUUUCAGAAAAGUGUUCUUCUCAGACACCUACAAAGAUCUUAAAUUACAAAUUGAAAGCCAGCUGUCAAACAUAUCUCCAACUCCCAAAAAAGACAAAGGACGCAUCAUAUUUGUAUUUUGUGGAAUGGGUACAGCAUGGGUUGGAAUGUGCAAUGAUCACAUGAAAUGCAGUAAAUGCUUCUUGGCAAAGAUGCAGGAAAUUGAAGAUUGCCUCUAUCACUUUGUAAACUGGUCUUUAAUCAAGAGACUGCGUGCUAAUUAUGAUGUGACAGAUCCUUUGUUUGGUCCUAUUGCCAUCUUUGCUUGUCAGGUGUCUCUAGCUCACCUCUGGGAAUCGUGGGGGGUGAAGCCUGCAGCUGUUGUAGGUCAGUCAGUGGGGGAGGUGGCUGCAGCACACAUUGCUGGGAUCCUGUCCUUGUAUAAUGCUGUGAGGAUCAUCCUUCAAAGGACUCGGAUCCUGGCUAUGGUGCCAAGUGGAAAGAUGAUGCUUAUCCGAAAUGUUGACAUUGAACGAGUAAAGACAGCAUGCAGGAAGCAUCACAAUCAGGCAGUUGUCGCCCUUCACUACAGCCCAGUCACAUGUACUAUCAGUGGUGAUGAGAGGGCUGUUCUGUCAGUCAAAGAGGAAUUAGGGCAUAUUUCAGAUAGUAACACCCUGUUUCAUGAACUUCCUGUCACAAGAGCUUUCCACAGUCCCUUCAUGGCUUCAUCUACACACCAGCUGGACAAAAUAUUAUUUCCUUUGCAAACAUCAAAGAUGGCAACAGAAUUCAUUUCAUCAGUUGACCCGGGCUUAAAUGAAGAAGCCAUAAGGUCUGUUACCUACUGGGGUAGGAACAUAAGGGAACCAGUCAGGUUCUGUGAUGCCAUUAUGAAGGCUGCUCGCAAUUUGCAUAACAAUAUCUUUGUGGAAAUAGGCCCCAAACCAGUAUUAAAUUCUCACAUACGGGAUAUUUUCAAACAUACAUCUCUGGAUGUAACAACUGUCUCAUCUAUCCACAAAGGAUCGAAGUACACUGAUAUGUAUAAUGCUCUGAGUGUACUGUAUACCUCUGGAGUCAGCAUCAGGUGGAACAGUUUCUUUGAUGAACAGAUGCAGCCAACAAGUUAUCCAGCUCAUGUUUUCAAUGGAAAACCUGUUCUGUUGGUAUCUGACACUGAACACCAAAUGCUUAUGGGUAGAACAGAGAAUUCGGGCGGUCAUCUGUUUCUGAAGGGCACUGUUGAAUCUGGAUCUGCAAGAUUAAUUAUUGAUCCAAACAUUUUUAAAAGUGUGUUUGAGCACAAGGUGAAAGGAGCAAUUAUUCUUCCAGGUGCCGUGUAUGCCGAGGCUGCACUUGCCAUUGCAAAAAGGAUAGCUUUAAAUGAACACAAGGUAGUAAACAUAUCAGUGUCUUUCAAAAGGCUAUUAAACCUACACACAACAGGACACAUUACAAACAUUGAAAUCAAGGAUAACACAGACAAUAUCCCCAAAUGUGUGAUGGCAGUUACUAUCAGGAAAGGCACAACAGAGUACGCAGAAGCAGUGAUCAGGCAGACUCUGGAUGACGUCACACCAGACAGGCUUGAUGUGCCAUCAAUUAACGACCGAUGUAAGCACACGCUGACAAAGGAGGAUGUUUAUGAGAAGUUGGAAAAGGCUGGAUUCAACUAUGGGGUAAUGAUGUCUGUUAUUCAAAGUAGCCAGGUGGCUGAAAAAGAAAGUCUUACUUUGAUUGACAUUGGAUCACAGCUAGGAAGUGAAAUGGAACUUACAGUUCUUCACCCUGCUGUUCUGGAUGGAAUGUUUCAAGCAGCUGUUACAGUGGCAACAAACAUGAAAGAGAUGCUUCCAUUUUUUCUGAAAGGUUUGGUUGUCAAAAAGAAAAUAUCAAAGAACAUGCUCGUCCAUGUUAAGGUUCUUCAAGAAACAGAAACGCAUGCAACAUUUUCACUAUCAUUACUGACAAUGGAUGGUUACGUCAUUGCGCACAUUGCAGCUUUCACGUUGAAGGUGAUUGGCGUGGAGACUUUUAAUGUCAGAGACGUUGCUUAUGAAAUUCAGCCCAGAGCAAUAGAUCAUGGUGUUUCAGUCUAUAACAGUAAAACAUUUCAGGAUGUUUUGAUGUUUAGCGAUGGUGACAGCUCACUCACCUCAGGGCCCUGGAGAACUCAUGAUAUUUCCACUUUACUCAGGAACAGUUUUCCUCUUGAACUACAACAGGCAUCAACAGUGGUUGUCCUAUUUCAAGCAAUGCCUGAGAAAACUGAAGAUGGGUUGUAUCUGGAGAGAUACUUGGAGGAUAAAAUCAUGCCACUGAGAUCUCUCAUCCUCUACAUAUCCGAGAAAUUUCUCAAAAUACCAAUCCUUAUCAUGACAAAGACUACUCCUGUUGAUCUCCUUAAUGCAAACAAAAGGCAUGAUGCACAAGCUUGCAUAAAUGAAGGUAUUCAAGCUUUCAUUAGAUGUGUCAGACGAGAAUUUCCUAGAAUGGUCAUAAAGCUUCUAAAGCUGAUGGAAGAUUCGGACACCUGUCUUCAGGCUGUUAUAAACGGGGUUUUACAAAUCCAAAACUAUCCAGAGAUCGAGAUGAACAACAAACAGUUCUAUGGACAGGUGUUUGACCCAGUAAAAAUAUCUACACCACAUGUUCGACCAGAAAGUCAAAGAAAUGGUAUGGGUACAAUUUUAGUUUCAAAAACUAGUGAAACUAUUACAGAACCAUUUUUCACACUUUCAAGAGAAGCAUCUCAGAUGGCAGUGAAAGAAGUUAGGUUCACUACCCAUUCAAUUGCAGUUCACAAUACAUUCCUGACUGAACAGGUACUCUGUGCUGAUGAUAACGAGGACAACCCAAUGACCUAUCCAGUUCUCACUUAUGAGUCGAGUGGAACCAUUGAGACAUCUGAUACUGAUAUAACAGCUGUUAUUUGCUACCCACAUCUAGUCAUACCAAAGACCUGUGUCCCUCAGAAAUUUGUGAUGGAUUUGAAGGACCUCAAGAAUUAUGAAACAGGAUCCUUGUUGAAACUUUAUUGCCUUUGGCGAUUAUGUGAUCAAGUGAUGAAAGAAACUGCAAUAUUGUACACACGCCAGACAAAGAAAUAUGCUGAGUCAAUGAAGGUUCUACUGUUGGCAAAACAUUCACAACCAGUUGUAUUGUUGACACCAGAUGAAAUACCAUCUCACCAUGGCAGCCCAGUGGUCAUAUCUACAAUACAGAUAACUGCAGAACUAGCACAAAUGAUUGUUCGGAAAUGGCAUUGUCUAGAGCACAUUGUCUGCUUCAAAAACAUGAUGAAAACUUCCAUUUUAAAACUGGUGAAACGUGAGAGAUUACAACUGAAAGUAUCCAUUGUGAGGUCCUUGGAAAUUCUGUCAUUCAGUGAAAUGGAGACACAUAUUCCAAAGCUGUACAUGUGGAUUAAGGACAACAGCAGAAGUGUGGAUGAAAUAUUUCUGUGUUUCAAGUCUGUGUGUGACUCAUCUCUUGUGUCGCAGUUUCUACCAAUUGACCUUACCGAAUUUCUCAAAACAAAGGAAUGGAAUAUUUACAGCGAUGCAAGCCUCCAUACAGAACAAGUGGGUAUACCAGAGAAUAUGCUGUUUGAUAAGACUGGAAUGUAUCUUGUUGUUGGAGGUUUGACUGGAUUGGGAUGGGAAUGUGUCUUGUAUUUGGCUAGCAAAGGAGCAGGAUGUGUUGCAAUGCUCAGUAGACGUCAUCCUAAUGAUGACAAACAAGCAGACAUUGAACAGAUAUCCAAGGACUAUGGAUGUAGUGUGACAUCAGUGCAAGCAGAUGUUCAGGAUAUCAGUGCUCUGAAAUCAGCAUUGUCGGAGUUGAAGACUAGUUUCCCUAUGUUCUCAUUGAAAGGGGUGUUCUUUGGGGCUGCUGUGCUUGACGAUGGACUACUUCCGGACAUGACAAGAGAGAAGUUCUACACAGCUUCUUCUCCCAAGGUUACUGGAUCCUGGAACCUGCAUCUCCUGACAGAGCAUCUACCACUGGACUACUUUGUGCUGUUUUCAUCUGUAACAUCAGUCUUUGGAAACGCUGGGCAAUCAAACUACGGUGCUGGGAAUGGUUUUAUGGAUGGCCUUGCGCAUGUGCGGAAUAAAAAUGGUCAGAGUGGACAAACUGUUAACUGGGGCCCUCUGCGAAUGGGAAUGCUACAAGAAAAGAACAUAAAGAUUCUUGAGUCAUAUGGAUAUAAAAUCAUACAGAAAAAGAACAUACCAGAAUGUCUAAAACAUGUACUCAUGUUGAACAAACCGCAAGUUGUCAUUUGUGAACUUAACCUAACAAAGUUUGAAGAGACUCUUCAAAGAGAAAACAACCCGGAUUUUGCAUCUCGUUUUCGGCUGCUUGUUUCUCCUUCUGCAUCUCCCGUGCGACCAGCUUCUCAUCCAACUUGGAAUCUGAAAGAAUUCAGGAAAAUCUCAAAAGAUGAAGCCAUGCUGAAACUCAUGGAGUAUGUGAAAGCUGUUGUUAUUGAAGUUGCCAUGCUGGACGAGACCGCAAUAGAUGUUGAGCAGGGAACCCGAGAACUGGGUGUUGAUUCGAUGAAUUUCAUACAUAUCACGACGCAAAUCAGGGAUGACACACAUGUUCAGCUGUCGCCAACAACACUGAUCGUCGAAAAUGCGACGGUGUCCCAAAUUUCGAGGUAUAUCUAUGAACAAUUGAGAAUAAACGUUCAACAGGAGUAAUCAGAAAGAGAUAUCCUUUCAUUUACAGUCAGCAUGCAUGCAGUCAUGCCAUCAAGGACAAACCUGACACAGGAUAUUGUCAUGUUAUCCAGUAUCUCGCUGCCACAGCACAUAGUCAUGUCAUCAUGUUGUUACCUGACACAAAAUACAGCCAUGCCAUCAAUUAGCUCUCUGGCACAGCAUACGGUGAUGCUACAUUGACCUAUCAGUAAUCUCGGUAGCAGUCUACUGUUAUGUUGACUUCAUGCUUUGCAUCAGGUUUGGUUUGUUCGUUGUUUAACGCCUGACUCAGCUAUAUGACGACGGUCUGUCAAU